GGAAACACUACAGAGAUGAACACUACAGAGAUGAACACUACAGAGAUGGACACUACAGAGAUUAACACUACAGAGAUGAACACUACAGAGAUGAACACUACAGAGAUGAACACUACAGAGAUGGACACUACAGAGAUGAACACUACAGAGAUGAACACUACAGAGAUGAACACUACAGAGAUGAACACUACAGAGAUGAACACUACAGAGAUGAACACUACAGAGAUGGACACUACAGAGAUUAACACUACAGAGAUGAACACUACAGAGAUGAACACUACAGAGAUGGACACUACAGAGAUGAACACUACAGAGCGGAACACUACAGAGAUGGACACUACAGAGAUGGACACUACAGAGAUGGACACUACAGAGAUGAACACUACAGAGCGGAACACUACAGAGAUGAACACUACAGAGAUGGACACUACAGAGAUGAACACUACAGAGCGGAACACUACAGAGAUGGACACUACAGAGAUGAAAUCUACAUAG